ACCGCGUCAGCGUCACGUCACAUGCGGAAGUCAGUUUCCGGUCACCGCGCGACAGUUUCCUGCAGCACAGAAGUUAAAUGUUGACAAACACAUCGGCGUGUCGAGGCCUUAUUACGUUAAUCUACUGAACAUCAACGCACUGACUGGCGGGAUUAACGUUAAACUGGACUGGUUGGUGCUCAGCAGCGGCCCGCGGACACUUUGUUUGGACGUUGGACUGUAAAUCUGUGUUUGACGACAGUUAGCAGCAGGUUAGCUUCUCGUUUGCUAAAACUCUGAGGAAGAAGUUCUGUGAGGUUCGUCCUCCAACUUCAGCCCCAACAUGAGAACAUCUCUGGAUCUCUGUUUCUGUCUGCUGACUCUGUGCACAAUAACACUUGGACAAAAUGGUGUCAGAGUGGUCGUGAAACAAGACAGUGAUGCUGUUUUACCCUGUUUGAUCAGCACAGAGGACCUCACAGGAAAACUGUUUGACUGGAAGAAAGAUAGGAAGGAGGUGUUCUUUUAUGAUUCAGGCCUUCAUUCCAGUAACGGCUUCCCAGGUCAAGAUGAGCAGUUCAGAGGUCGAGUCUCACAUUUUCAAAAUCAACUGAAGAACGGCAACGCCUCCAUAAAGAUCAAUAAUACAAAGAUGGCCGACAGCGGGAGCUACAGAUGCAUUUUUCCACGUCUUCAGCCGAGUCAAACCUUCAACAUUGAACUUGUUGUCGCUGCAUCUCCAAAGCCGUACGUCACCACGCUUGAUGAAACACAGGACAGGUCGCUGCUGCAGUGUGAAGUUCGAGGAGCUUCUCCAAAACCUAAAGUGGAGUGGAAGGACAGCUCUGGAAACAUCCUUCCUGCUGAGGAGCCUCAGGUCUCAGAGAGAGGAAGCAGCUACAGCAUCACCCUGAACAUCACUGUGACCCAGACAGGACGCUACCGCUGUGUGGUCACUCAGGAGGACAUAAACCAUCAGACUUAUUCUGAGACCUUCGUGCAGUUAAACGAGAGCUUAUCCAGACGCGCGAUGAUAUUGAUGGUGAUAUCUUCACUCCUUUCUGUGCUUUUAGCACUUUCACUGCUUUUUUGUUUACUAUGGAUAAGGUAUCGCACAACACUGUCAGUUCUCUGUGACCCACGAGAGAAAUACGGUCUUCCAAGUGAACAUCGGGUCUGUGUACCUGUGCGUGUGUUGGCCUGAGUACCUGAGUUACAGAUUUUACGGAUCAUCAUAAUUAUUGUUUCCAAUAUAAAUAUUUAAUUAUCUCCAAGAGGUCAAAGAGUGAAACCAAACCCUGAAUCAGGUGACUGUCUCACAUGAAGAUCCUGGUUCUUGGGCUGUAUUAAAAAUAUAUCACGUGUGUAUAGAUAAUAAUAAUAAUAAUAAUAAUAAUAAUAAUAAUAAUAAUAAUAAUAAUAUGAUAUAAUAAUAUAAUUCAAUAAUAUAAUAUAAUAUAAUUAAACCAUGUGGUGCCUUUAAAAGGACAAAACUACAUCUGGAUCAAUUAAAGAUAACAGAAGAAACAGUUUUGUGUCUGAAGGAGUUAAAGAGUGUUCACAGGAAGCUUCAUCAGAUAACACUGAUGUUCUGAGUGGUGAUUUUAUUAUAGAAGAAGUUAAACAGAAAAUUAUAUCUGGAAUAGAAGAUAUUAAAACCUCAGUGCCUGGCAGAUAUACAUUCAUCAUCAACUGUCAUCAGAACUACAUGUUGGAGGAAAUUCUGCUUUUACACAUUUUGUUGGUUUUCAAAAGGUUUUUGAUGUGCAGGUGGAUUGUAGAAAUCAGGACCUUGUUUUGUCGCCCAAUUGAUUUUAUUCAGAUCAAUAAUUGAUUUUCUGACUUGUUCGAUGCUCCUUUUGGAGAUAAACACCGUGAAACUUUUCUCAAGCUUGUUUGGUAUUAUACAUUUGGAUUUAUUGUUUUAGUGUUAUUAACCAAAAUUGUUACAUAUGUGUAUAUAUUUGUGUAUUCAUACAGGAAUAAUGUGUUUCAGUGUAAAUAUAAAACAAGAAGUUAUAGUUUAACUUCCAGCUGCAGCGGCUCUGAUCCUCUGCAGACGCUCAGCUGUCUCUGUUUCUGCAUCGAGCUGCAACAUGAAAAUGUUCCUGAAUGAAGCUGCAUCUGUGUGAACAGUGAAAAUCACUGGUGGUGCUUUAAAAGUCAAUCAGUCCCUUAUUAUCUGUGCAGGAUGAUUUUGGAUUUAUUUUACUUUUUUUAAUUUAUGUUGUUUUUUACUCUGUGUUUUGAUUUAAUUUAGCCAGUUUUGAAAUUUGUUAUGAAAGACUGAAGACAAAGGUCCAUCUUUUCAAUUCAAAUAAUUUUAAAUACAUUUAAAAUACAUUUUUGUGUUUAUUUUAUGAAAACAAGUUAAAAUAACAAUCAUAUUGUUUCUGGUUUAAUAAAACACAGUUUGUGGACAAAGACAUUUUUGGUCACUGAUCAGUUGAACUGUGUAUCAGACUGAACAUGAAGCCUGUCAGCACUCGUUACUCACUUUAAUAAACUGAAUUAACCCAAAAG